AUGUAUCCAUCUCUUUUUUAUUUUCGUAAAGACCUUUCUGAAGUCAUUCACAGGCGAGAUUUGAAAACAAUCGAGGUUAGUUUUGUAUACGUUUCUAAAUUUUGAGAAAAAAUUUUUCAGAGUAUGAUCAAUAAGUUGUCGAAAGAAGAGAUCGAGGAGCAUAUCAAUGAACCAGCCUAUUUAGAUCCUAUCCUCGAGGCUUGCAGAACAGGCUUUUUCGAUGUCGUCAAACUUUUGGUACCUAUUUUGAAUUUGUCUUUUUUAUAUACUUUCGAGUAAUUUUUCAGCUCCGCCUCGGCGCAGAUCCUUGUAGAUACCGGCCGACCUAUUCAGGACGAAGUAAGAAUUUUUCAAAUUUGAUGUAAAUUUAGCUUUUUUCUUGCGUACACUCGAAAUUAUAUUAUUAAGUGAUGGAAUCAUAAAAAUUUUGUGGAAAAAAGUUUUGUAAAAAUUAUAAAAUUUCUGUAAAAAUAUAUUCCAAGGACCUAAUACAUAUUCAUUUCCUAGAAGUGACAGCUCUACAAAUUGCCAUUGAGCAAAUUGGCUCGAGAGACAUUUCGAAACUGUUUAACCGCCGUACUCGAGACCGUUUCAUGGUUCAUGGAACAUUCACUCUUAUUUGCAUCAAAAGAUUUAGGUGCUGCAAGUCCUACUGAACAUCGGGAAGGUUCCAUUGAAAAUGCGUCUGGAUUCUCCAUGCGAACCUCCGUUGUUCACUGCCUUGAAAUAUUCGAACUUUGGCUUAGGUAGACGAAAGAGAUUUUUGAUUCAGUUACUUCCUUCCAGUCAAAUAUCUCUGUGAGCGGGGGGCAAGCGUACAGGAUCGUAAUAAGGAUGACCAAACAUGCUUUAUGGUGCCUGAAUUUUUCAAGUCGAAGAGAUCGGUUUUCAAUACAUAAUCGUUUUUUGUAUUCAAACUUUUACAGGUUAAAAUUUUUGAAUAUCUUGUGGCUCAAGGUCUUUCUGUCAAUGCCGUCGUGACUGAAACAGGUUCUUUUUUUAUUUGGCUGUUUGAGAAGUCCAAAUAUGUAAUAUGAUAAAAAAAGUUGAAAAAAAGCAUAAUCUUACGGUUUUUUUCAGUUAAUUUUUCUGCGAGAAAUUCGGUGAGCAGAGAUUCUAUUAUUUUUUUUUUCUUAAAAAAAAUUUUUUUUUUAAUUUCUCCUUUUUCUUGCCACUUCUGUGAAAGAAUUCACUGACAACUUUUUGUCGAUUUUAGACGAAAAUGUGUUUUUUUUUUCAGGAGAAACGGCGCUUCAUUUCGCAGUUAUUGAUAAAAAUUUUCUUCUCGUGAAGCUGUUGAUAUCCGCUGGCGCAAUAUUGAAAGACGAAAACGUCUUGAAUCCUAUAUUACUUUCUGCUUUGGAAAUGGAUAAUGUCCGAUUUAAAUCCAGUCUCUGACUAAAUUUGAAUCAUUUAGUCGAAAGUAUUUGGACACUUGUUGGAACAUGUUGAGAAUCGGAAACUGCAAAAAGACGCGAUGCUGCUCCGGGCUACCACAAUUCUUCUAGAACCUCAUAGUGAAGAGAGCUUGAAAAGAUUGGAGUGUUUGAAGACGGCUCUGGAGAUGACCACCGACUCAGAUGAGGUUUCGAAGGCUUCAAAAUAAAAGUAUCGAUGAAAACAUUGGAGGAAGGAGAGAAAGAUAAAAACCCCGACUAUGAUGAUCUCAGAGAAGCGACCUCAUUCAGCGAAUUCGAAGCUGCAGGAAACCUUUGGAGAUUCACGAUCAUGCAGGUAUGUACGAGGUCCCUCUUUUUUCCUACCAAACUUCUUUUUUUAUAUUUCCUUUUACUGAUUCAUCAAUAUGGUUUUUUUUGUUGCUGAGAGUUAGAAAAUUUAGUUUGUAUUUGUAGAUGUCCCACCUGAUUUCAUCUAUUAUUCCUAGUGCUUCAUUAUUCGGGAGAGAAUUCUUGGCGAAAGUCAUCCAGAAGUUCGCGACGCGUUGUUCAGAUAUGCCAGAGAUUUUUUUCUAUGCAAUACGAAGCCGAGUAAGUUUUUCUUUCUGGCAAACAUGAGGCCAUUCGCACACUGGUUACUCUCACCGGGAAUUCAGGUCCCGUAAAAUGAAUUUUUUUUUUUGAUUUAUUUAGACAAUUCAAGUGGCGUCGGCACCUUUUUUUUGCUCUUAAAAACAAAAGAAGGCCUGAUACACUCUUCAUUGGUCUGAGCUUCGUUAAAAUUUUUUUUGUUGCAGGAAUUAUGAUAUAGUCGUUUACACUGUGAGUUUGUUCCACAGGUACCAUUAUUUUUGAAAUUCAGAAUUGAUUUUUUUUUUUCAGAUACGAGUGGAUGUCGGAAAGAUCCAUCAACGCAGUGGCAAUAAUUUGCAAUGGGAUUUUGAUGGCUUCCAUGCUUUGGCGUCUACAAAAAGAUGAGACCAGAUAUCACGAUUGCUUCGAAGUCGCUACAGUUUUGCUCGAAGAAAUCUACAUGUAUUUGAACAUUGUUUGUUGUCUCAAAUAUUGCUAGAAAAAAAAGCUGCAAAAAUUGAGAAAGGUUGAGAAAAGGGGUUGAGUCCCAUGGACCCUAGGCCUAGAAUUUUUUUUGCACUUAUUCGAAAGCUUCAGCUUUUAACGCACUUUUAUUCAGCUUUCCUUAUGAAAAGCGUAUUAAGAACUUUGCAGACUCGCAGAAAAAGGUUUACAAGCGAGAGCUAUCAGGCGGUCGGCGAAACAGCAUUGUCCCUCAUUUGUGUAGUUCGUUUUUCAUCCAGAUGUUCAGUAUUUGGUUCCAUUCAGAUUGGACGACUUGGCGCUGAGGACAAUGAAAAGCAAGAACUUCUCGAAGUUGACGUGAGCCUCCUCAACUAUUAAAAAGUGAAACUAAUUCAUUUUCCAGUUGGGACCUCUCGUCCGAAUGUCCAGGUUCUAUAACAUUUCGUUGUUUCACUCGACUACGUGUUUGUUGUAAUCUCUCUUUCUUCAAUUCAUAAGGUUUUCCGAUUAUUUCAGUGUGUCUAGUUGGGUUCCAACAUUUGUUCGCGCUGGUGCGAAUAUCAACGCGAAAGAUGCAAAUGGACGAACCGCUUUGCAGGGGAUUAUUCAGGAUUUCUUGAGGAUUCUGAGGAAAAAGGACGGUCCUGUUGGUUACAAGUAACUGGUUGUUUUUUUUUGUUUUUCAUUCGUGAAUUAAUAGCAAGUUCCCCGUUGUGCUGGAUCUCGUGAACCACGGGUCGCGGCUUUUCCUACGCGACGAAGAGGAAUGUCUGAUUUUCGACUCGUUGCAAGAAGCUCAAAGGAUACCCAACUUUGAAGAUCCCAUUGUUCUGGGUAAGUUGGAAAAGUAACAGAAAAGAAAUAUUUACAGGGCAUUUUUUCAUGAUUAUUGGGAAUAUCGAGGAUGGAAUUUCCAGGAAAAUACAUCACUCUGAAGGACAUUUGUGCAGAAGUUGUUGAAGAAGAGUAUCCCGUGCAUUUUUUGAGAGAAGUUUUGCCUCUCGAAUUGCUUGAAUACCUCUCUGUGCGACAUAUUUGUUAA